GAAAUAAUAUCAUUUUAAACAUAUUUUCUAUUUUUUGACGUAAUAUGGUACGAGGUGGACGAGGUGGAAUGAUUAGAGGAGUUCGAGGUGGUAUGGGACGUGGAAUGGGAUUUCCAAGGAAACAAUUCCUUCCACGUCACCCUUUUGACUACACGUUGUGUGAAGCUGCAUUUCCACGUGUUAAAACUGCCCCAGAUGAGUCAGAUUUUCAAAUGGCACUUUUAAAAAAGAACUCAGAUAUGUGUCCUACACCAAAAGAACAAACUUCUAUUUUAAAUCUUGUAACUAAGCUACAAAGUGUACUUGAUAACUUAAUUGUUGCUCCUGGUAGUUUUGAAGCUUGUCAAUUGGAGGAAGUAAGGCAAGUAGGAAGCUUUAAGAAAGGAACAAUGAUCAAAGGUCACAAUGUAGCUGACAUUGUUGUAAUUCUUAAGACAUUACCUACAAAAACAGCAGUGGAAGCACUUGGAACAAAAGUUAACAAUGAUUUAAAAAGUGUUAAUCCUAAGGAAAUUUUCAGACUCACUCACACAGAACGUGGUUUUGAUAUUGCUAAUAAUGAAGCUACAGUGCGUGUACUAAUAACCACUUUACAUCAGAAUUUAAGAAAAUUAGAGUCUGAUCAACAUUUAGAUGUAAAAAUAUGCCAAGGCCAUCUUGCUGCAAUUAGACAUUCCAGAUGGUUUGAAGAAAAUGCUCAUCAUUCCAGUAUAAAAGUUUUAAUAAGAUUGCUUAGAGAUUUGAGAAGUAGAUUUGAAGGUUUAGAACCAUUAUCACCUUGGAUGCUGGAUUUGUUAGCACAUAAUGCCAUAAUGAAUAAUCCCAGUAGACAAGCACUUCCAAUAAAUCAAGCAUAUAAAAGAGUUCUCCAAUUACUUGCUUCUGGACUUUUCUUACCAGGAUCUGCUGGUAUUUCUGAUCCAUGUGAGGGUGGAAAUAUCCGUGUACAUACAGCUAUGACAUUAGAACAACAAGAUUUGGUAUGUCUCACAGCUCAAACACUGUUGCGUGUCUUGGCCCAUGGAGGCUAUAGACCACUACUGGAGGGUACCAAUAAACUUGCAGUAGAAAUGAGUGUAUGGGCAGGUGGGGUGGUUGCUAGUCCCUUAGACAAAGCAUAUGAACCUCCCACAGAACAAGAACAACAAGAGGAUAUGGAAGAGAGCAAUGAAGAGAUGAUAACAGAGAGUGCUUAAUUUUUUAUUUAAUAUAAUUAUAUCAAUUUAUUUUCAAUGUUCUUGCUAUG